GAAAUGAAGAAAACAGAAUGAAAACUGAAAGAAGAACAAAAAUUAGGACAAAGAUCUAUUCAGUCACAAGAUGAGAAUAAAAAGGCAGGAUGUGGACAACACUGAGUACACGCUCAUAGACUCACAUCCGGUGGUUGGUGAAGGACGACACGAUGAUACCUCUCCUAGGGACCUGCUCUCCAUGCUUCAGGAUUAAAGUUCCUCUGUUUUCUGUUCUAUUGGUAACCUGCUGUUUCUCCACUCUGUUACGCUCUGGUCUACAUGGAGGGCCUAGCUACUUUACAUCUGUCUGGAGGGACAGAUAGAGGUCACAGAAUGAGGCUUCUAGUCUCAGCACUUUCCAAGGCUUUUUAGAGGAAAAUAUGAACUUUUCAGGUCAUGUCUCAAGCGCCUUCUCCUCUGACAAUGGCACUGCUAAUGAACUCAGUGAUGAUGCUUAUUUUCUCCCCACUAGAUGGCACUGUUUGAGAUAUGAUCCCAUCACACCAUCUCUGUUGUAUGUAAAACCUGUUAGGUCUGUGAAGAAUGAUUUCAAAUGACUAUGUGGGUAUAAUGUUAAAUGAAUCAACACUGUUAACCAUUACUAAACACAUUGAAACAGACACACUGUAUUAUAGCCAAACAGGACCAUGCUAAACUGAUCUGACCACAAGGGGAUGUCAUAGAAUAGAUGGUGUGUACUGUGGGGUCAAAGGUGACUGUAAAUCAGUAUUAGGUUCUUAACAUCUGAGUGGCAUACUACGAAGCAAGCUAAAUCAACUCAUGGUUUUCUAAAGCUAACCAGCUUCAGUUAGCUUCAAAUUCCAGCUCAGGCUUCAUCCGUACUAUGACAGUGGAUAUUGAUUGUCCGCCUGCCACUAACUCUAGCAGGCUUGUAGCUGCGCUUGCACGUCCCACAUGGUUAGUCGAACGCCAAACUCAACAAUGCUGAAAAAUCAACCCGUGUGCGAGUCAGUGCCACGUUUUCAUUUGUGAAGAAAUCUAAAUGAAAGAAAAUUGAUCUUUUCAAAUUCAUCAGACUAUGUUGUGAAAUAGGCUUUUAGAAGUGCUGUCUUUAUUUGAUUACUUAUCAUUAAUGCAGUCUUUGGUGUGCUUAUCGCUCCUUAUUCUGUGUGUGGAACAGCUUGUUGUGUUGUGGCCAUAGACAUAAUCCAUGGAAGGGUUUUGUGACCCCUGACCCUGUCAAUUUGACUGUUAAACUCAUGGGUACACUAGCAAUGGCUGGCAGUCUUGACUUGAAUAUGAACUACCAUCUAUGGAUUACAUGUCUAUGGUUGGUUGUGGCUGUCAGUUUGUCUUGCACAUUUCUAAAUAGAACAGUGUGAAAAACAUACAGUUUGGUAAGAAAAUGCUGUCGUUACUUAUUUGUUUUCAUUUAAAAUGGUCAAAAUCACAGUAAGGUACUGAAUUGUAACCCAGAAAUGAUUUGAUAUUAAGAUAAAAACGGCUGCAUUUGUCCUUUAAAUGCUCUCCAAAUGAGGACAUAGUCAUUCUAUACAUACAGGCUACUAUACUAAUGAAUACAUAAAGCUAAACCCAUGUUUGUGCAUCAGUGUCCCUCUGCCAAAGAGAUGUCUGUAUGACAUCUUACUAUAGCAAAAUGACAUUGGCUAAGGCUAGCUGGCCAGUCAAGUGGAUACUAACACGGAUCCUAUCAGUGGGCUACAACAACAUGAGAAGUGAGAAUGUAAAUUGUAUUUCUAAUCUCUCUCUCAUUCCCUUCCUGUGUGGGUGAGUGUAAAUGAUUUCCCUAGGGACUACAGGAGGUCCUGGUUUACCAUUAGGUAGUCUGAGCACCCAUAGGCACACCAUGUUCAAGAGGAGUGUCACAAUGUUAAGUAAUUACACACAUCGCCUGCUACAGAGCUAUAGGACAAACCAAGGUCGCCUCAUCUCAAGGUUGGAAUACAUUUACAGAUAAUAUACUCCUUUAUCAAAGCAAGAGCAUGUCUAGGAAGACAUUCAUACUUUUCUAAAAUUGUCUUGCUCCAAGUUCGCUUGUUCUUUCAACAGGCAAAGCCAGCGCAGUGUACAAUACUUUCUUUUUGUCCAUCUCUUUCUAAUAACACACACAAAAGGCAAUCAUGGAAAGGGUCUAGACCCCACCCCCCGCCUGCCGCUACUGGCUCCAGCUCCUUACACCUCUCUGACAAAAAGAAACAGCGAAAGGGAGAGAGGGCGUAUGAAAGAGCCGAUGAGAAUGGUACAAACCCGAACAGCUCUGUGUGUCACACUCGAAUACAUCGCAUCCACGGCUAUGAUCUACGCGCAGAUCGUCGCUCUCAAGACAAGCGCAACACCGGAGAGAGCAAUUACGCAAGAUUCUGAUAGAGAAUGAAUGCGAAGCUGUAUCCAACAAUUCCAAAACGCCCGGUUGGUCUCAUUUAGCUACCAUUAGAGCAUCAACUGGAUUACCAUAAGGGAGCACAGUAGAAACAACGUCUUUACAAUUGAGGAAUAAGAGAUUUUGCUUCAAUAAUUGAAUAAUUUACUUUUCAUCAAAACACAAUUAUUUGUAUGUAUUUGGAGGUGUUUUUCCAAGGACACAUACAUUAAAGCACAGACAGCCGUCAUUAGGUCGACUUGGAUUUGAUCAUAUUCACACUUUAUUAGUUAUCCUGAUGGAAACUGCUUCAAAAGCUCGUCGGCUAUCCAAUGUGUCCACGGCAUCUAACGUGUCCAAUGUGUCCACGUCCAGCGCUGGGACUGAGGUAGGACAGAGCGAUGUGCAGAUUUGGGGGGACAGACCUUUACCUGUCGACUACCUUGGUGACAUCUCGAUCCUGGAUGACGGGAGAUGGUCGAACUCUAGCGUGAAGAAACAUCACCACAAGCACAACCUGAAGCACCGCUACGAACUGCUGGAGACACUGGGGAAAGGGACAUACGGCAAAGUGAAGAAAGCCAUCGAGAGACAAUCCGGCAAAGUGGUGGCCAUUAAGUCCAUCAGGAAGGAGAAGAUCAAGGAUGAUCAGGACAUGGUUCACAUCCGCAGAGAGAUCGAGAUCAUGUCCUCCCUCAAACACCCUCACAUCAUCUCCAUCUAUGAAGUGUUUGAGAACAAGGACAAGAUAGUGAUCGUGAUGGAAUACGCCAGUAAGGGAGAGCUGUAUGAUUACAUCAGCGAGCGACGGCGGCUGAGCGAGAGAGAGACACGACACUUUUUCAGGCAGAUUGUUUCUGCCGUGCACCACUGUCACAAGAACGGAGUGGUGCACAGGGAUUUAAAACUGGAAAACGUGCUGCUGGAUGAAAACUGUAAUAUCAAGAUUGCUGACUUUGGUCUGUCCAACCUUUACCACAAAGACGAGCUCCUUCAGACGUUCUGUGGCAGCCCUCUGUACGCCUCACCAGAGAUCGUCAACGGCAGGCCCUACCAUGGUCCAGAGGUAGACAGUUGGGCCCUGGGAGUGCUUCUUUACACCCUGGUCUAUGGGGCCAUGCCCUUCGAUGGGGAAGACCACAAUAAACUAAUCCGUCAGAUCACCAACGGAGAGUACAGGGAACCUACACAGUCCUCAGAUGCUCGUGGUCUGAUCCGCUGGAUGUUGAUGGUUAACCCGGAGCGUCGAGCCACGGUGGAAGACAUCGCCAACCACUGGUGGGUCAAUUGGGGCUGGAAGACCACUGUGUGUGACUGUGACAUCCAGAAGGACAACAGUGGCUGCAUCUCUUCUCCAACGCUAGCACGCUUUAUCGACUGGCAGAACCGCACCACAGAGUCACCCAGGGUGGCGCCGGUCAAGCCUCCCCGCUCUGAACCCCCCGCCGUACCCCCCCACGCUGGCCGCCAGCGCCUGAGGAAGUCCAGGAAGGAGAAUGAUAGUGGAGCGCUCCACCAUCACACCGCGUGGGAAGACAAAGACAAACCAGGACUGAAGAGACCUAAGGGGAUCCUGAAGAUGCAUGUGUCUGAGCAGAGGUCCCACAGCCUGGGGGAGAUCGAGCUGAGUCGCUCCCUGCACUUCCAUGAGGGAAGGGAGCUGCCCUCCAGCCCCGAGAGGGAUGAGGAGGAGGACGAUGAUCAGGAUCGCCUGGGGGUCUCGCCGGCCAAGAUGGUGCCCACCCUCCCGAAGAAGGGCAUCCUGAAGAAUAACCAGCAGCGGGAGUCUGGCUACUACUCCUCCCCAGAACGCAGUGAGUCCUCUGAACUGCUCGGGGGCAGCACCUCCAUGGCCCCACCCGCCAGCUCACCAACAAAGAGGUCCAUGGGGAGAAAGGGCAUAUUGAAGCGUAAUGGGAAGUACGGCAACUCCACUUCCUUCCACAGUGGCUUGUCCAAUAUGGGCUACCACGGAGAGACUCAGGGGGACUCAGGCCUCUCUCGCAGCCAGAGUAGACCCUCCAGUAUUGUCUGUGAGGAGAUGGGUCUCUCCAGUGUUCCUCCCUUAAUGGGAGUGGAUUGGUCUCCCUCGUCCCCGCAGCCCAACGUCAGGGCCUGUAUGUCGGCUGAGGAUCUACUGCAGCUGGCAGGCUUCAGACGGGGCCUCCAGACGGCUGCAGGGGGGCUCCAUGGGGGGAAGGUGGGGACCCGAGGGACACCAGGGUCUCCUGGGGACGACGGCAGCUUCUCUCUGCUAGGGGACAUGGAUGAUAUGACCCAGGUCUACCAACACGCCCUGGACAUCAGCAGCAAUCUGACCUAGAGGAGGUGGAGUUAGGGGAGUUAGGAAGGGACAUGGGAAGGACAGACACACACUUGAACCCUCAUUUCUGGGUUAGGACUGGCCACGUGUGUUGUGAACUGGGAGUCACAGCCACCUUAAUGUACUGAAUCUACACUCUCAGAGACAGUGCUGCUGUAGAUGUUUAUAUGUUCAAUAGAGCUAAAUAAGUAUUGUAUUAUAUGUCAGUCAGAGACACAAACCAUGCUGUGGUGAAGCUCAUGGAAAACCUCCAUUAAGUUUCCUAAAGCAUCUUUAGAAGAAGGACUGUCUCUGAAUCCAUGGACUUAUCUCAAUGUAACGGACAGUUAGGACUACUGUUCAUGUUAUCUCAAUGUAACAGACAGUUAGGACUACUGUUCAUGUUAUCUCAAUGUAACGGACAGUUAGGACUACUGUUCAUGUUAUCUCAAUAUAACAGACAGUUAGGACUACUGUUCAUGUUAUCUCAAUGUAACAGACAGUUAGGACUACUGUUCAUGUUAUCUCAAUGUAACAGACAGUUAGGACUACUGUUCAUGUUAUCUCAAUGUAACAGACAGUUAGGACUACUGUUCAUGUUAUCUCAAUGUAACGGACAGUUAGGACUACUGUUCAUGUUAUCUCAAUGUAACGGACAGUUAGGACUACUGUUCAUGUUAUCUCAAUGUAACGGACAGUUAGGACUACUGUUCAUGUUAUCUCAAUGUAACAGACAGUUAGGACUACUGUUCAUGUUAUCUCAAUGUAACAGACAGUUAGGACUACUGUUCAUGUUAUCUCAAUGUAACAGACAGUUAGGACUACUGUUCAUGUUAUCUCAAUGUAACAGACAGUUAGGACUACUGUUCAUGUUAUCUCAAUGUAAUGUACAGUUAGGACCGUGUGUUAUCUAUUUAUAUUGUUGAAACAGACAAAUAUUGCCUGUGUGUUUUGGUCAUUUCAAGACGUACUGUAUGUACCCUUCAUGGAAUGGUACUGUAUAAUAGUAGUACUCGAUUGAAUUGAGAUGAAGCCAUACGUGAUAUUUGUCCAAAUCCAGCAGGACAUCUAUUGUACAGUACCACAGUGGGAAGGUUGAAGAGCAAACCGUGUGUAUUGAUAUAAGUCUACUGUAUGGGCCGUCCAAAGGAAGUGCCUUUAUUAGUGCUAUGUUAUCAUGUACUGUAUUUCCUGAAGGUUUAUGGAGGAACAGUUAGAUAACCAACCAAACUCACCACAUUAGACACAACUAUAGGGAGACGAUUCUCAGAGCUGUGACCACGCAGUCUCCGGAGUUUAAACAACUAGGACUUGUUCAUGUUCGUAACCAUUUGGUUUCACAGUAGAACUGUAGUUGUUUUAGAAAUGGGACUGAAAGACAGAACGACUGAAAGAACAAAAAAAGGGUGGGUAGAGACGUGUAGUCAAAACUUAAGUAGAUUCACAGAGUUGUGGCUACAAGCCCUCCAGUCUACAUGACUAGGUCAUGUGUAGGCUGUAUGAUAUUGUACUGUAGUUGUUUUAGAAAGAGAAAUACUGAAAAAAAGAAGGGGCAGAUAGACGUGAGUUAGUGGGAGGGGUUAAUGGGUUGGUUGUAGAGGUCUUGUUUGUGGAGGGAAGUUGAGUACUGGCCAGGACUGUUACACCUCUUCCUCCCCAGACUGAAGACUCAGAGUGGAGCGAGAAAAGAGGGGGCUGAGAGAGAGAGAGAAAUAUAGAAAGAAAGAGAACGCGAUAGUAGCUUAGUGUAGCUGGGAAAAGAAAGGGGUAGUAGAGAGAGAGAGAGAGAGAGAGAGGUUGAGUGAAAAAGGUCAAAUGGGAAAGAAUGUUUGGAAGGGUGAAAGGAAUGUUAUGUUUCAGCUGACCAAAUAAGUUCAGCUUUAAGUUGGGAAGAUACACAGUUCAACACAUUGCAGCUGAACGUCAUUAGUCACUGUAGCUGAACGUCAUUACAGUCACUGUAGCUGAACGUCAUUACAGUCACUGUAGCUGAACGUCAUUACAGUCACUGUAGCUGAACGUCAUUACAGUCACUGUAGCUGAACGCCAUUACAGUCACUGUAGCUGAACGCCAUUACAGUCACUGUAGCUGAACGUCAUUACAGUCACUGUAGCUGAACGUCAUUACAGUCACUGUAGCUGAACGUCAUUACAGUCACUGUAGCUGAACGCCAUUACAGUCACUGUAGCUGAACGUCAUUACAGUCACUGUAGCUGAACGUCAUUACAGUCACUGUAGCUGAACGUCAUUACAGUCACUGUAGCUGAACGCCAUUACAGUCACUGUAGCUGAACGUCAUUACAGUCACUGUAGCUGAACGUCAUUACAGUCACUGUAGCUGAACGUCAUUACAGUCACUGUAGCUGAACGUCAUUACAGUCACUGUAGCUGAACGUCAUUACAGUCACUGUAGCUGAACGUCAUUACAGUCACUGUAGCUGAAAGUCAUUACAGUCACUGUAGCUGGCACUACACAACCUUGAUAGAACAGCAGCUCACUAAGUGUUACAUAUAGAUGGCCUUCUCUCUCUACAGCCUGUGUGCUGCUGGACCAGUUAUAUGUGCUCUAUGAAGUGUGGCUUGGUGAGAGGGCAUAACCUUCAGUACCACUCUAGAACAGAAAUAACAGGCAAUUAUAUGUUUCAGUGUGUUUGGGUUUCUCAAACACCACACGGUUGUUUAAAUGUCUGGGUUUGUGUCCCAAAUGGCACCCUGUUGGUUACUUUGAACGCAGUUCUAUGGGCCCUUUGUGAAAAGGAGUGCACUACAUAGGUUGCCAUUUGGGACACAGCUCCAGACAUUUAAACAACCGGGUGGUGUCCGAGAAACCCAAACACACUGAAACAUAUUAGUGUUGAGAAAUCAAUGGAGCCCCACUGUGGAAAUGUUACAUAUGCCAACGGAUAGCUCAUCAAAAUAAAUCAAAAUCAGCCAAUGAAUGAUUCUGAAAGUUCAGGGGUCUUUAUGGCUCAGGGCCCAGGGUGUUACCAUAACAACCAACAGUCUUGUUAAGUAUUGUUUGGCCUUUUUGUAUUGUAUGGACUGAAAUUGUAUUUUUUAACUGGAUUUUACAGUGCUGAAAAAUGAUACUAUGUUAGUAUUUUCAUAGGAUUUGUGUUUAAUCAUGCUUCUGUUUUUGAUUUUUCCAAAAUAUAGAAACAUUGUAUGGUUUUAUUUCAUGGGCAGAGAAUGUGUCCCAGGUCUGCUUUAAUAACUGGAAGGGGACCGGCCUCCUAUGAAAACAGGGUUAGCGGUAUGUAUAAGGGACUGAAGAGGGUGAAGUUCAACAACUGUAAGGAACAAGUUGUAAACACACAAGUGAUUCUCUGGGAGUCGUAAGACUGAAAACACACACAUGCACGUGCCUGCGCACACGCACAUACACACAGCUAUGUAGAAUGUAAUGGAAAAGAAAGGGGUGCCAUCAAGUCUCAACAGGUCUAAGAGCCCCCAAGCUGCCCUCUGCCUAACUAGACAAAACAGAUGUUAGCCUACAUCUGUUUGUUAAAAUAUGUCAUAUAACUAUAGGAAAACUUGACUAGAUAUUAUCUUAUGAUAAAGUAUUAUGUUAUUUAAGCUUUAUUUUGCUGCUGUCUAUUAAUAGUGAAGUUAUUACUAUAGUUACUAUAAUGUUAUAGAUGGUUCAACCUGGAUCAUGCUUUUAUUUGUUACCAUCAGAGAGGUUCUGGUUUUUAUAAAAAACGGUUUCAGAUUGUGUAAUAGCGUUGUUCUCUACUGCGUAUUACAGUGGAAAUCAUGUUUGUAGUCAGGAGAUUCUCACAAUAUCUUCUUUCUGAAUCAUCUCAAAUAAACAGCUCCAGUUCA